AUGAUGAGGAUAUCUCAAUGCAUUAUUAGAAGUGCAGGCACCUUUGUACCCAAGCAGGCUUCUUAUUUCGCUGAUGAUGGAAAAUUACUCAUUUAUUCAAGUAAUCUUGGAUCUAGCUUUAAGUAUUUUUUUAUUGGAGGAAUGAUGGGAUCAGUUGGAAGCAUAUCUUAUUAUCAAUUAAUCUACCCAUCAUAUGCUUCACUAGCUUUAUUUGGAUUCAGCUUAUUAUUUUCUCAAAAAGCUUGAGAAAGCGCUUAUCUUAUGAUUGAAGAGCUCAAUCUUUUGAUAGAUGGGAAAACUAUUGAAAUUAAAACAUAUGGCUUUAGAAAGCAAUAUCAAACAUUAACUAUACCUAUUUCUGAAAUUGUAGGGAGUAAAGGAGUUUCACAGUUUUAUAUCAAACAUAAUAAGUAUCAAUAUAUUUUAGAGAGGAGUGGAAUAAUUUUUCAGGAAGAAUUACUAUCAGCUGUGCUUACUCUCCCUCUGUGAGUGAAUAAAAAAUUUUUGUAUCAUAAAAAUUUUUUUAUAAAGAAAUUGAUAUAUAAUUAUUAUGAGAUAUCUAGCUAAUUCUGCUAAAUUUUAAACAUAAACUAACAAAUUAAAUUAAUUUAGCUUUCCAUUUUUACAAAUUGGGAUUUAUUUAUUUUUCGGAAAAAAAAUUACUAUAAAAUUUUAUAUGCACGAACAAAAUUGCUUUGUUCUCUCACGGAGGGAGGAGGGAGUUAGAGGACUAGAAAUUGACAAUGCACAGUUUAUUAAAGAAGUUUAA